ACACCUGCCGUGUACGUGAGAUCAUACUCACCUCCUAUCCAUUGUACUAGCGCAAGCAAUGGUAUUUUGGGUGCAGACAUACCAAUUAGGAUGAAAAAAUUAUUUUGUAAAGGAUAAAUUUAGAGGAUGGAGUGUAAAUAUAAAAUAUUUCUAAGCAGAUCAAUGACAGCUUGAAAAUUUAAAUAUUUAUUGACAUCGAGCGUCACUUUAUUUUUAACAAACUGACGUUAGCUCUAGAUUCUAAAAAUUAAAUUAAUCAAACAUUCUCAACACAAGAAAACAAUGACUCGAUCAAUUCAAUAAAAAAAUGAAAAAAAUAAAAAGAAAACAUCCCCGAGGACCGUACAAGCAGUACAAUUUAUUCAACAGCACCAGAAAGAUCCCUACAAGAACGAAGUAUGACUGGCGAAGAAGGCAUCUAGCAAAGCACCUCAAACAAAUCUCUCAAGGAGAAUCGAGCUCUACAGCAUGCGAAAAGGAUGUUACCAUAAGUGAUUUAAUGACCUGCGAUGACGUCAUGAGUUCCAUUCCUGAUUGCGAAUUACCAGCAGAGAAUACAGCUGUCAAAGUGAGGAUUCAAAAACUAAUAAUUUAAAACAUCCAUUCCGUGAUACUGGUAAAAUUAGCAAAAGAUCCCAGCGAGAUCAAUCGAAGAUCUCUAAAAAAUCAUUGGAUAAUCCCAGUCAAAUCAACCUAUCAUCUUCCAGGUUUCAAUAGCUAAACUUCCUGGGAUCAAUAGCUAAUCUUGCUGGAAUCAACACCUAAUUUUACUGAGACCAAUGGUUGAUCACCAUGAAAUGAUUGGAUGAUCAUUUCUGGAUGGUUAGCUGAUCUUCCUGUGAUCACUGGGUAAUAGUUUAACAAUCAUCCCUUGCGGAUUAAUGGGUGGUCUUCUUACCCAGAUGAUUUUUAUUUAAUCUGUGUUAUUUUUCUUUUAAUUUACUAAGUUUAAUAGAGUUUCCGCCGACUAUUCAUAUUAUAGCCUGUGUUUUUUUCAAUUUAAGGAUUCUGAGCAAUCGGAUUGCAGUAUCUUCGACAUCAAUCAGAUUGAGAUCGUCCUUCCUAACCCUGACGUCUCAAAUAUCACUGUUCCACUUACUCAGCGUUCUACGUCCACGAGUGGAAAAGAGAUCCCACGAAGUCAACUCAUUAAAAAUUUGUUAGUUAUGGCUAUAAAAUGGCGACGCAACACUACUUAUACUGUUGCUCAAGAUAUUUUGAACUUGCUUAAUAUUUCAUGUGUUUCUGGUUCACCGCGAUCAUCCAAAUAUUAUUGGAAACUCCUCAUCGAUCAGUACUCACAAAAUAUCUCGACACACUUCAUUUGUGAACAAUGUCACGAGUAUCUUGGCACGGAUAAUAACAUUCUCGUCAGGUGUCGCUACUGUCAUUCAAAAAUCGACCGCAAGUCCAACAACGGUUCAUUUCUUUAUCUGUCCUUGACUGACCAACUUCGAGAAGUUUUUGAAAUGACUGAUGCCCAUCACUUGUACUCCAAAAGUCGUCAAAAACGAUCCCCAUACGCUGUUGAAGACCUGUUUGAUGGCAAAGCUUACAAGAAAGUUAUGGUUAGUGAUGACCUUAUUUCCAUCAACUUUAACGUCGACGGUGCGCCAAUUUUCGAAAGCUCCAAUACUUCCGCAUACCCUGUGUUGUCCACGAUUAACGAGCUGAGUCCAUGCGAACGACGGAAUCAUGUUUUAAUGUGUAGUGUUUGGUUUGGCACCGGAAAACCUAAGAACAUGAACUCUUACCUAACUCCAUUCGUGCAUGAAGCAGAGAAGCUGUACGAAGAGGGAUUCACAUACACUUACAACGGUCAAAUUCACAAAAAACGCGUAGUUACAUUGAUGGGCAUAUGUGAUUCAGUCGCCAGGCCACUCGUGCAAUGUACUACUCAGUUUAAUGGUAAAUAUGGCUGUGGAUUGUGCUUGCAUCCUGGAGAAUCCAUUGAGAAGGGUCGAGGAUUCGCUAGAGUUUACCCUGCUAUUGACGGCGAUUUUUUUGGUGAUGGCUUGCGAACGCAUCAGGAAACACUUGUUCACGCUCAGGCGACAAAAAAGAAAGAAAGAAAAGGGAUCAAGAAGGAAUCUAUCUUGUGUGACAUACCAAUGUAUGAUAUAAUUACAAAUAUAGACGUUGACUGGAUGCACUGCGUUGCACUGGGCGUGUGUCGCCAGUUUGCAAAUCUUUGGUUUGAUUCUACGAAUUCGGGCGAGGCAUUCUAUUUCGGAAACGUACUUGACGAAGUAGAUUCCUGGAUUCUCUCCCUUUCUCCAACAAGCGACUUUUCCAGAAUUCCUAAAGGUUUAAAAGAACGGGGACACAUGAAAGCUCAUGAGUGGGUGAUCUUCCUGCUUGCUUACAGCCUUCCGGUUCUAAAUAUCUUCUUUCCUGCUAAAUAUGUGAAGCAUUGGGCUUUAUUGGUCGACGGGAUCGCAAUUCUGACUAAGAAGUCGAUCAUGAAGUCCGAAAUCGUGUAUGCUGACAAAUGCUUGAAAGAAUUCCUGGUGGGGGUUGAGUCGUUGUAUGGCAAAAAGUAUGUGAGCUUCAAUGUUCAUCUUCUGGCACAUUUAGGAAGGAGUGUAGAGAAUUGGGGACCGCUGUUCACGCACAGUGCGUUCAUUUACGAGGAUUUCAAUCAAAGUAUUGAAAAUUCUGUUAAAAGUCCGAACGGAGUGUCCAUUCAAAUCUGCGACUCGUUUAGACUCAAAUGUGUCAUAGACAGAUUGAAGAUUCUAUGCCGAAAUGAGUUAACCAAUGACCAGAGCCAGUUCCUUGAAAAACUGAUAAACAAGAAAACAAAACCGACUUCCAAUUUGGAGCUAGGGAAUUGCAAAGUGUUGGGGAAAGCUACAAUUUUGAACAAACUGGGUGAAAACGACAGUCUUGUGCUUAGAAAGUUGGGCGUUUACACUGAUGACAGCACAACAAUUUACAGCUGGAAACGAUGCAUCAUGAACAAUGAAAUUAUAACCAGCGAAAAACGCAUCGUCAGCGAGCUGGAUGCUCUAUUGAAUGAGCAUAAUGAAUUGUUGAAAAUAUUCAAAUCCCACAUGCACAAAUUAGAAAGCGAUAAUCACGCUAUUGUUAUUAAUCCUGAUAAAACACCAGCUGGAGAACACAUUCGUAGAUUCAAUGCACCUGUUGCUGACGACGUUGCUGGAAUCAUGGUUGGUGAUCGUACAGGUGCACGAGAAAUUGUGAUUGAUCAUUGA